AUGCCAGCAAAGGUAGAUACCGAUGAGAUGGUCUCGCUAGACAGCGCAGGCGAAACAAUACCAGGUAUAUCAGUAGCAGGCAGCUCAGUCACCUCAGAUGUGCCCUUUGCUCAACCUCUGGCUCCAAAGCUAAACACCGCAUCCAAAACGCAUUCUUCGAUGAUCUACGUCGAGACCAUAAAAGAGAGACAGGUGCGUCUAGGAUACGGCAACGGAAUACUGGACAAGAUCAAAGACUUGCUAGAAAACUGCUACUGGGUGUAUUACGUGCAUCUUCCAUUUUACCUGAUGACCUCGUUCGACGCAUUCUGUCUCCAUUCGUUCUUCCUGACAAUUUUGAGUUUCAGCAUAUUUGGCGUUCUGAAGUACUGCCUGCUGUAG